AUGGAUUCCCAAAAAUCAAAAAUUGAAUACUUGAUGAACAUUAUAAACUCAAGUUCUUCUUCUUCUUCUUCAACACAGGAAAUAUUUACAAACACUUCAGAUAUGGUUUCAUCAUUAUCAAACACAGACUCUUCCUGGAUCCCCCAUAAAAGUGAAAUUGCAGAGAAUACAGAAUAUAUAUCGGACACUACAGAACUACAAAGGGACACUGAAUUGGUAAUACUAGACGAGUACUCAAAUAAUCCAGAUUUGAAUUUUAAUAAAGAUGCACAUUUGAAGUUUAUUAUUAACUCAUUUAGCAGAAAAAUGCCCGGUGCUUAUCGAGUUUUAGAUGCCAAUCAUACUUGGAUGACUUACUGGUUACUCAAUUCUUACUACUUGAUCAAUUCUGAUCCAAUUGACAAAAUCACAAAUGAUCUUAUUGUUAACAAGGUUCAGGAAUGUAUUGUUGAUGAUGGUCGCGGUGGUAUAGCUGGUGGCUCUAAUCAGUUAGGACAUGUUGCAUCCACAUAUGCGGGGAUAUUGACAUUGGCUUUAACUAAACAAUUUGAAUUGUUGGAUUCAAUCAGGCUUAAUCUUUAUGAUUGGUUAAUGAGUUUAAAACUCCCAAAUGGUUCAUUUUUAAUGCAUGAACAAGGAGAAAGUGACACAAGAUCUACUUAUUGUGUAUUGAUCAUUGCAAAUUUGUUAAACAUUGCUACUGAAGAAUUGCUUGAAGGCGUUGAAGAUUGGAUUGAUAUGUGUCAAACUUAUGAAGGUGGGUUUAGUAAUGUUCCAAAUACUGAAGCACAUGGUGGGUAUACUUUUUGUGCAGUUGCUAGUUAUUUCUUGUUACAUUCUAAAUUUCCCGUAUCAAACCAAAAGGAAGAUGAUUUAGGAUUUAAUUUAGAUUUUUUGACCAGCUGGUGUAUCCAAAGACAACAUGGUCUAGAAGGAGGUUUGGAUGGAAGAACAAACAAACUAGUGGAUGCAUGUUAUAGUUUCUGGGUGGGAGCGUUAUUUCCACUAGUUGAACUACUCAAUGAAAGUACAACUCCAUUGUUCAACAGAGAGGCUCUAGAACACUAUAUAUUAAGAAUAGCCCAGGAAGACAAUGGAGGGUUUAAAGAUAAACCAGGUAAGAAUGUUGAUUUCUAUCACACAAACUAUUCAUUAGCUGGUCUUAGUAUUUUGGAACAUACAUACACGUUAAACAAUGACACUGUAGAACCAUUGGCAUUUCAAUUGGAAGUCAAAAUAGAUAAAGAUGAAAAUACAUUCACAAACCCAGUCCAUCCAGUUUUUGGUAUUCCUAUGAAUUUUGUUCAAGAAUGUAAACAGGUUUUUGCGUCCAAAAGUCUCACACGAGAGUAA